GUCAUAUCAACAUAUCAACGCGAGAAGAAAAAAGUAUGGUGCAUUUUUGAUAUAUUUAAUUAUGAUGUUACAUUUUAAGAGAAAAACAUUAAUUUGUUGAUUGUUAUUAAGUUUAAAAUUUUUAAUUAUACAUGUUUAAUAUUUUGGAAUACUAUGAAGAUUAUCUUUUUAUUUUUAAGACCCAGUACACUCAACUGAAAUUAGAUUUUAAAGGAAAUAAGUGAUCGAUCUGCUACAAUGUUUAAUUUAUUUAAUGGAUUGUCUUCGUCAGGUUCUGGUUAUAUACCGGAAAUGGAGCAAAUUAUUAGCCAGCUUGAAAGAGGUACAUUGGUAACGAAGUAUUCCUGGAGAAAGAAACCUGAAAGGAAAACUUUGGCUAUUAGAAGGGAGACAAAACAAUUAAUUUGGACCAGACCUGCAUGUAAUUCCAAGCCAUCUUUUGAUGCGGCAGUUAACUUAAGUGAAGUUAAAGAAAUAAGAUUGGGAACAGGAAGCAAAGAUUUUGAAAGGUGGCCAGAUGAGUCAAAGAAAAUUGAAAACAAGUGUUUUGUAGUUUACUAUGGAGUGGAAUUUAAAUUAAGAGUUUUAAGCAUUGCUGCAUUGUCGGAAGCAGAAUGUGAAAGAUGGUUAAAAGGACUAAGGUAUUUGGUUGAAGACACUAUUAAAGCUCCAUAUCCCUUACAAAUACAAAGUUGGUUAAGAAGGGAGUUUUAUUCCAUGGAAGGGUCUAGAGACAGUAUAACAUUAAAAGAUCUGAAAUCGUUCUUCCCAAAGAAAAUGCCAAACAAUAAAUUACGGGAAUAUUUCAAUGAGACUGAUACUAGAAAAAGAGGUGAAAUUGGCUUUGAUGAUUUCGCUAAUUUGUAUCAAAAAAUUAUUUUUGAAGAAGGGAAAGCCCAUGAACUAUUUGACAAAAUAUCCGAGUAUUUAUCAACCCACAAAACCAUAAACUUGCCGGAAAUGGUAAGUUUCCUUAUAAAUGAACAAGUCGACUCACUAGGUAAUGAUGACAGAGCUGUAUCUCAAUUUGUUUGCGAUUUUUUGAAAGAUCCACAAAGAGAAGUUCAAGAACCAUUUUUGACCAUUCCUGAAUUUUUGGACUUUCUGUUUUCCAAACAGAAUGAUCUUUGGGAUCCGAAAAAAGAUAUUAUUUAUCACGAUAUGUCAAAGCCUUUGUCACAUUAUUGGAUCUCUUCUUCACAUAAUACUUAUUUAACUGGCGACCAGUGGUCCAGUGAAUCUUCUGUUGAAGCAUAUGUCAGAUGUUUACGGAUGGGAUGUAGAUGUAUCGAAUUAGACUGCUGGGAUGGCCCAGAUGGUUACCCUUUCAUCUAUCAUGGUCAUACUCUUACAACUAAAAUCAAAUUCAUGGAUGUUAUUAAAACAAUCAAAGAACACGCAUUCGCCACUUCUGAAUUUCCUGUAAUUUUGUCAAUUGAGGACAAUUGUACUCUACCUCAGCAGAAGAAAAUGGCGUCAGCGAUGCAAGAAGUAUUUGGUGAUAUGUUACUUUCUCAACCUGUUGAAAGCUGCGAAACAAAGCUUCCAUCUCCUAGCGCACUCCGCAAAAAAAUCAUCCUCAAACACAAGAAACUUCCAGAUGGACAAGACGAAAGUUCAUUUUUAAUCAGGAACGACGCAACCGACAUGGAUCUCAGAAAUUCAAUCAUAAAUGGAAUUAUGUAUCUUGAAGAUCGCGUAGACAAGGAAUGGAAUCCACACUUUUUUGUAUUAACUCAAACCAAACUUUUCUAUUUUGAUAGAUAUAAAUUAAACCAGGAAUCUGAAAAGUCUGAAGACGAAGAUGACAGUGGUUCAUUUCAAAGGCCAAAAAAUAAUGUUUCUAAUGAAGAAUUACAUUCUAGUGAGAAAUGGUUCCAUGGAAGACUUCCAAAGGGUAGGGAGGAAGCUGAACAGUUGCUGAGGGCUUACUCCCAUUUAGGCGAAGGAACUUUUCUUGUGAGAGACAGCGUAACAUUUGUGGGUGAAUUUUGCCUGUCAUUUUGGAGAAACGGGCAAGUAAAUCACUGCAGAAUUAAAUCGAAACAAGAUCGCCAACAAACCAAGUAUUACCUUAUAGAAGCCAAGUAUUUUGAUAGUUUGUACAGUCUGAUCACUUAUUAUCGCACUUCACCUCUAGUCACAGCGGAAUUUUCGAUUACUUUACAAGAACCGGUACCGCAGCCUAAUUUACACGAAAACAAAGAGUGGUACCACAAAAAUACGGGGAAAAAUCAGGCCGAAGAAAUCUUGAGGAGAGAAAAAUUAGAGGGGGCUUUUCUAGUCAGACCAAGCGAGAAUGAUUCUAGUUGUUAUACUAUUAGUUUUAGAGCUGAUAAAAAAAGUAAACAUUGUAGAAUAAAAUUGGAAGGAAGACUGUACACAAUUGGCAAUGUAGAAUUUGAAAGUUUAGUUUCAUUAAUCAAUUACUAUGAAACUCAUCCCUUGUACAGGCGGGUAAAGCUUAGUCAUCCUAUUAGCGAAGAAAAGGUUAGAAGAAUGGUAAUGGAACAGAAUGACGCGUCUGCAUACGCAACUCCUUCAUAUAUGGAUCCAAGCAGUAUCAACUCUAACGUAACGUGCAUUGCCAUUUAUGAUUACAAGGCUUCUCGAGAAGAUGAAUUAUCUUUUUGCAAACAUGCUAUUAUUACUAACGUAAAUAAAAGCACCGAUAUUGACGGUUGGUGGAAGGGAGAUUAUGGUGGUCUAAGACAACGAUACUUCCCUAGUAUUCGGGUGCGAGAAAUUGAAAGAACUGAAACACAAGAAGUCGAUGAAACGUCUGGAGAACCUACAUUACAAGGUAGUUUGGACAUGAAUGGAGUUUUAGCCUCUUAUUGUCCGAAUCCCGGACAACCGAUGGAGUGGAUAAUUAAGAUAAACCCAACAACAGCAGGUCCAUUAGAAUGUGCAGUCGAAUCCGAAGAUAUCGCACGUGAUUGGUGUUCUGCUAUUGAGAAAGUUUCUAAAAUGGCGACUCGUCUGGAAACUCAGCAUCGUGAAAUGGAGAGAGCCUUUAAAAUCGCAAAAGAAAUGUCGAAUCUUAUAAUCUAUUGUCAGUCAACAACUUUCAAUUUAGAAAAACUUAAACAACAAGGUUUCCUCUUUUACGAAAUGUCUUCUUUUCCGGAAAAUAAGGCAGAAAAGUUGAUUUGCCAACAGGAAAGGAAGUUUUUCUUGAAAUAUCAUCAUCACCAAUUUUCUAGGGUAUACCCCAAGGGUCAAAGAAUUGACUCUUCAAAUUACAAUCCCAUAAAUAUGUGGAAUUGUGGUUCCCAAAUGGUUGCAUUGAAUUUUCAAACUGGCGACAAGCCAAUGCAACUGAAUCAAGCGAAAUUCAGAGAUAAUGGCAAUUGUGGAUAUUUGUUGAAGCCAGAUUUUAUGUUCCACGACGAGUUUGAUCCUAAUGACAAAUAUUCUUUAAUUGGUGUGGAACCAUUAAAAAUAUCUAUUAGGAUUAUAGCUGGAAGACAUUUGUCCAGGUUGAAAAAAGGAACAGCUAGUCCAUUUGUAGAAGUGGAAGUAAUUGGCGCUGUAUAUGAUUCUGGAGUAAAACUUGUCACCAAACACAUUUUGGACAAUGGAUUAAAUCCAAAGUGGAAUGAAGAAAUUUGCGAAUUUAUAGUAACGAAUCCCCAUUUUGCUCUUUUGAGGUUCCUUGUACAAGACGAAGAUGUAUUUGGUGAACCCAAUUUUAUUGGCCAAGCUACUUAUCCUGUGAAUUGUAUAAGAAGCGGAUACAGGAGUGUUUGGUUAAAGAAUGCCUACAGUGAAGAUAUCGAACUUUCUUCAUUAUUGAUACACAUAAGUAUUAAACCUGUAUCUACAAGCUAAUCAAUUUAGAUUAUAAACCAGCAUGAUAAUUUGUUGGCAUAUCAAAUAUUGUAAUGCUUCAAUUUCCUAAUUGAACCUAGUUGAAAGUUUGAAGAAGAAUUUCUUUCAAAAUUUGCGACUUCCUAUUAAGAACAAAAAAAUUGAGUGAGGUAAAGGAACUCCUUUAAAUCGAUCAAUUUUUGCAUCGCAAAAAUACAAGCACAAAAACGAUCGGAAACGUUUUCUAAGAGAUUUUAAGAAAAUAUAAUACUAUGCCAGUAUUAUUGCCGAUUUCAAUUUAAAAAAGAAAUAUUAACUUUGUUAAAUAAAAAUAUCAGCCUAAAAGUUAAUUUCGUUCCUAGAAUGAUAAUCAUUAAAAACAAAGUAUUUUUAUUAAUAGGUACAUAUUAAAUUAGUUUGUUAAAAUUUAUGGAUUUUAAAAAUGAAAAUCGAAUAUUGAUCGAAAUCGUUUUAAAUAAAUUUAAUCAUUUUUUUUUUUUUUAAGUAGGUGUUUCAUCUUUAUACAUUUUAUAAAAUUAUUUAUUACUUUAUGUUGUUCUACUCUUCUAGUUAAGAAUAUCAUAUGUAUAUUUUUGUUUAUUUUUCUUUGUUUUAACACUUAUCUUGAUACAGAGUCAGUCACAAAUAAAUAAUAAGUGAUACACAUUUUCCAAAAUUACUAGUUUGCCUUGUGUUUAUGUAUAAUGUGUCUACGUAAUUUGGAGGCAUAUGGAAAACUUUUUUUACAAUUUACAAAAAGUUAUUCUUGUGCAUGGUCUAAAUCCUAAAAUACAAUCAUCUGAUAUCAGAUUUUAUCAGUCUUAUGCGAGUUUUGUCAAAAAAUUUGAUAUACUUUACUCUUGAGUUUAUUAUAAAACAAUAAUUAUGGUACGUAGAAUUCAUUUGCUUGUAAAUUACUAUAUUUUGUUACGUAAAGUACUGAAUGGGGGCGAAAGAAAUCUGGUAGAAUUAAUUGUUUGUCGAAGCUUUAACAAAAAUGCUCUAAUAGAGCUUUUUAGUAAAAAAGUAAUACGUACUAAUCUUUUAAAACAGUUUGAUAUCCUCCUUGUUGUAAGAGAUAUUAAAAAAAUGCAUUAACAAAAUUUAUAGGUUUGCUUGAAGGCCACAUAAAAUUAUUUAGAGGUAUACAGGGUGUUGCCCGACUCAAGUACGAACUAAACAUGUUUUUUUAACCAAUAUUAGUUUAGAUUUAAAUUACUCUAUUUCAUGGUGAUUACCCAUCAAAGAAGAGGGUCCAUGGGUCAAGUUAUCGAUUUUGAAACAUCAGAACCAUUUAUUGGAAAUUGUUCACCUUCAGUAUGAUCUGGAGAGAUGUCUCUCGCGCUUUGAGUACGAAGGAUCGAGGGUGGCGGCCAUUCCCUUUUUUUGUGUAGUGUCUAUAAACAUGCGAACCCACACGCUUUUGAAUGGGCUUUAGUUUUAAUAACCAAUCGUAUUUAGUUCUUGCUUUUCGCCGUAAGGUGACAGUAUAAUGUAAUUUUUUUUGUGUCAUCGGCAUCAACUGCUAAUCAACUGUUCUGUGUAGGCUUUGUUACUGUUUCCCAGCGCCACUUUAGGAACAACACUGUUAAUUAGAACCCAACAGUGAAUGGCCGAGUGGGAAAUCCUACCAAGGCAUCAGAAUUAAUUUUGAAUAAUUAAAUUAAAAAAAUCCCGGCCAACGGUGGGAUUCGAACCUGGGACCCUUGGAUCCACAGGCAGAGACCAUAAGGUAAUUAUUUGAUAAUAAGAAUGAAACAACUGAAAUUUCUCUGAUUAGAAAUGAGCAGAUUAAGCGAAACAUGCUUAGGUGAAAUCGAAGGGUAAAAUGUUAUU